GCCAAAAAAAAAUCAAAUCAAAGGAGGCCUAGGGCUCGCGAUUGUUCCGUACGCUCCGUCUGUGUUUUCAAACUCGUCUCUCCCCCUCCCGCAACUUUCUCGCUUGCUUCAGCACACCGUCCAAAAAGACCAGGAGAGGGAGAGUGAAAAAGAGGGAGAGAGAGGGUUCCUAGAACAUGGAUUCCAAGAGGCUUGAGAGAAGUAAAAAUAAGAAGUUGAAGCGGAAGGAGGUUUUGGAGAGGAAAAAGGUGAUUGAAGAAAUUAUAAAAUCGGCAUCAACUGCAAAGGAUCAUCUAGCUUCCUUUUUGGCUUUCUCUCGCUACGAUAGGAAUGGUUUAUCUGUCUACCUUGAGUCAGGAUUUGGUGAUCAGCUAUCAUCUUCUAUAAAGAAGUACAUCCAAAAUCUUCUUAAGGUUAACAUGGAAGGUCCAUAUGGCUCUGACUGGCCACUAGAGGAGAAAGUGAAGCGUAGGGAAAUGGUUGCUGCAGAAGCACGAUACAUAUUUGUUCGGGAAUCUUCAAAUGUGGUUCAUGAUGAUAAUUAUCUCAAGGAAGAUGAUAGAAUGAACUGCUGGACUGGUGAUGGAGACCCUUUGGUUGGUUUUAUGCAUUACCGUUUUAUCGUUGAAGAAGAGAUACCUGUUCUUUAUGUCUAUGAGCUUCAGUUGGAAAGUUGUGCUAGAGGGAAGGGGUUAGGGAAAUUCUUGAUGCAACUGAUUGAGCUUAUUGCACGGAAGAAUCAGAUGGGAGCUGUAAUUUUAACUGUACAAAAGGCUAAUGUAUUGGCUAUGAAUUUCUAUACAAGUAGACUGCGGUAUGUAAUCUCAGCAAUCUCACCCUCAAAAGUGGAUCCAUUGACAGGUUAUGAAAAGAGCUAUGAGAUUCUAUGCAAAACAUUCAAUAACGAGGCAGAAGACAAGCUUGAGAAUUUGGCUCCCAAAUAAAUGCACAGAACAUUCGGAGGACGAGUCAAUAUUGCUCUCAUUUACGGCUUUCAUGACUAUGAGGUAAAUUGAGAUCCUAUAUGAUUACUGAUUUUUUGUAUGCAAAAACUGGUAGGGCAAUAAUGUAGAAUGGUAGCAAACAUUGAUGGAGAUAGGGGUUGACAGUUGCAUUGUGUUGUAGAAAUACCAUUCUUUUAGCCUGUCCUCUUAAGACCUGCCAAUGUUUAUGUUGUCUACAAUAAUGUCAUAAGAUCAUUUAGAAAUACUUGAUUUUGUAAUGACUUACGAAGACAGAGAACUUUGUUUUUUGGAACAUUUUCUUUCUAUUGAAGCUUAAUGGAAGUUUGUGAAAAUUUUGUUG